UCUAAAUACUAAACAAUCGAAAACCAAGUGCUCCCUUAGCUCACUUUCCGCUCCCCACUCACCCAUAGAGGCGGCUACGAGUCCUUUUAAUUCUUCCAUAGAAAGCGAAAGGGCGAGAGAGAGAGAGGAAAAAGGUAAGAUAGCAAACAAGCAGGAGUUUUUCUCCGAUCUCUGAUGAGAUGAAGGAGGAGGAUCUGCUACCGACGUCGGCGAAGCCCUCCGCCACCGCCGCCGCCGCCCUCUUUGGAAAGGGCCGCUACAAGUUCUGGGCCCUCGCCGCCAUCAUCCUCCUCGCCUUCUGGUCCAUGUUCACGGGCACCGUCACCCUCAAGUGGUCCGCCGGCAACCUCAACCGCCUCUCCGACGACCUCCUCGAUCCCCCGCUCCGCGAUGCCGCUCUGGACGUCCUGGAGAUGGAGGAGAGGGAGAAGGUGGUGAGGCAUAUGUGGGAUAUCUACGCGCACAGUCUCCGGAUCCGGCUGCCGCGAUUUUGGCAGGAGGCCUUCGAGGCGGCCUACGAGGAGCUCGCCAGCGACGAUGCGGCCGUCCGGAACGCCGCCGUCUCUGAGAUCGCCCGGAUGUCCCUGCGGAUGGUCGAUCUCGAGUCCCCGCCUCGCCAUCCCAAGAAUGCUGAACUGCAGGAUUUUCAAAGGAAUGGCAGCAGCAGGCCUAAGGCGAAGCCAUCAGCCUUCUCAUCAAUGGGAUCCCAAUAAGUUGCAGCGAAUGUUCGUGGGCCCAGAGAUUUCUCUUUUUGAGUAAUGAUCUAUCAACAGCUUCAUGUACUAAGUUUGCCAAGGUUGUUUUCUCACUAAGCAGUAGCAUGCAGAAAAUUGAUUUUCCCUCUUCCUAAAUUCUGGCUCUGGGUGCAUGCUCAAGGCAAGCUUUUGCGAGAUGCCACGCGUUUAUGAAUCACACCAAUCAUUAUCAUAACUCAUACUUUAUUCUUACUAAUAUUAGAAUCUGGGGAGAGUUUGCCAUGCCAUGUGAGUGCACUUUAAGACUACUCCAUAUGCUCUAUUUGAUUUCAUGAAAAAGAUGAGUUUCAACAAAAUGAAGCAGCUGUGAAUUUAUAUAUGCAUAACCAUAGUUGUAACUGGAAGCCAUGUUCUGGCUUUGUGAAUUUAUAUCCUUUAUAACUGUGACUGUUCAACU